AUGUCGUCGGGGACCGCGUUGCUGGCGCUGUCCGCGCUGCUCUGCGCCGCCUCGCCGCUGGGUCCCGGCGGGGCGGCGGCGGUGGCGGUGUGGCCCGCCUGGCUGAACGUGUCGUGGGAGGACGCGGCGGACCACAACCGGAGCGGCUGGGAGGCGAGCGAGAGCGGCCUGUACGGGCAGGACUCGCCGCUACAGGGGGCCUCAGGGGUGCUGGUGCUGCCCGACGGCCGCGACUCCUUCAACGCCUGCAGCGCCGGCACCAACUUCAGCGGGGCCCCGGCGCCCGGCAGCGGCGGCUCCCCGGGCUGGCUCGCCCUCAUUCAGCGCGGCGGCGGCUGCUCCUUCGCCGACAAGAUCCGUCUGGCCGCGGACCGCGGCGCCGCCGCCGCUGUCAUCUACAACUACCGCGGCACCGGCAACGAAGUGCUGCCCAUGUCCCACCACGGUGCUGAAAGCAUCGUUGCAAUUAUGAUUGGCAACCUGAAAGGCAUGGAGAUCUUGCACCGGAUCAACAGUGGCAUGAAAGUCACCAUGGUUAUUGAAGUGGGGAAAAGGCAAGGUCCUUGGAUGAAUCAAUAUUCCAUCUUCUUCAUCUCAGUGUCAUUUUUCAUUGUCACAGCAGCAACCAUGGGCUACUUUAUUUUUUAUUCUGCUCGGAGACUCAGGAUUGCAAGAGCCCAGUCCAAGAAUCAGCGACAGCUGAAGGCCAGGGCUAAGAAGGCCAUUGAACAGUUACAGCUGCGUACCCUGAAGCAAGGGGACAAGGAAACUGGUCCUGACGGAGAUACCUGCGUUGUGUGCAUCGAGCUGUACAAGCCAAAUGAAGUAGUGCGCAUUCUGACCUGCAACCAUCUCUUCCACAAGAACUGUAUUGACCCCUGGCUUCUGGAACACAGGACAUGCCCCAUAUGCAAAUGUGACAUACUCAAAGUUUUGGGUGUUGAGGCGGAUGUAGAAGAAGGAGCUGAGUCUGUGCAAGCCACAGUAUCAAGUGGGACAUCAAAUGUCUCUGCAGUUAAUGAAGAGGAUAAUCAUAGUGAAACAGCAUCAUCUGGAUAUGCCUCUGUACAAGGAGCAGAUGAAUCUGUUCUGGAGGAACAUGCACCAGCAGAAAAUGACAACAUGCAUCUUGUAAACAAUGAAUCCCAGCCCUCCACUGUGCAUGUCCUUCCACAUGUUGACAACCCAAGUUUUGAGGCAGAUGAAACACAAGUUCGUGAAGUCAAAUCCUAA